AUGACCAUCACUACCACUACUCUACGAAAAUUAUCAGCAAGCGCGUCAGGCAAAGUGGACAACCUUGAUCCGCGUCAUUGGAAAGAUGAUGCAAAAACGGGGAUGUGUGACUUGUACGAAGUUCUUGAUGCUGUCAGUUCCACAUCGACACUGGAUCCAAUGGACUCUGAAGCCAAUCUUGUAAUGGAUCUUGUAAGAGCCAAGCGCGAGGUUCUUGUCGCGCAAAAGUUCAAGUUGACACCACAGGAGAAGAAGUUAGACGAUACCGACAUGGGCUUGGGGAAUCAUCUACACGCUGCCAGUGAAUCUUCGAGGAGCUGUCAUCACCUCACUCUCCGGCUUGAUUAA